AUGGCAAAUACGAAAAAAAGUGAUGAUGUGGAUAUACCCAAUGAGGAAGGAAACCUUUUGCAACCACCUACAGAAAAAAGUCCUACAACCCGAAACCCAUUGAUGAAAGUACGUACUUACGUGUUGGCACUUCGACCGUGGUCUCUUAGUGGAAGUCUGUUACCAACGCUUUUGGGAGCUGCUCUCGCGUAUCGUCUACCCGGAGAAAGCGGAUUUAAUUGGGUCACAUUACUUAUAACACUGUGCACUGUUAUUCCCGUACAUGGCGCCGGAAAUGUCGUCAAUACCUAUUUCGAUUUUGUCAAAGGAAUAGAUAAUCGAAAAUCGGAUGACAGAACACUUGUUGAUCAUAUUUUAAGUAAAGAUGAAGUUGUUUCUUUGGGAGCUAUACUGUAUAUGGCUGGUUGUGCAUUUUUUGUGCUUUUAGUGGUUCUAUCUCCUGCUAGAAUGGAACAUCUAGCUUUGGUAUACUUUGGAGGCCUAUCAUCGUCUUUUUUAUAUACUGGUGGAAUUGGUUUAAAGUACAUUGCUCUCGGUGAUAUAAUAGUGUUAGUAAUAUUUGGCCCUGUAUCUGUGGUGUUUGCUUUUCUGGCACAAACAGGAAGAGUUGAUUGGCCAAUAAUUUACUAUGCAAUCCCUCUGGCUUUAAACACUGAAGCUAUUUUACACAGCAACAAUACUAGAGAUUUGGAGGCGGAUAGUAAAGCAGAGAUUGUGACUUUGGCCAUACUGAUUGGUAGGACAGCAUCAUACCUGUUAUAUGCCUUCCUACUCUUUACACCAUAUAUAAUGUUUGUUGUGGCAUCAGUCCGCUGCUCACUAUGGUUUUUACUUCCAAUGCUCACAUUGCCUCGAGCUUUUGAAAUUGAAAGGAGGUUUAGGAAAUCGGAAACUAUGCAAUAUGUUCCAAGACAAACGGCAAGACUUAAUUUCUAUUUUGGUAUGCUUUAUGUGAUAUCUUGCUUGUUUGCUAACAAACUACCAUUUCUUUUAAGAUAA